AUGCAUUCGCGUACUUCUUACCGCUCCGCAGUGCAAGCAACACUCGACGAGCACACGCGAGCAUACUCGCGACAAUGUUCAUGUACAACCACUCCUAUGGUACCACCCUCUCCUCAACGCUGUAAGCAGUGGCCAUCACUUAUCCCUCCUGAGCCGAGUCCGUUCACAUCACCCACAUCACCCUCUCCCUUCGAGCCAGAACGUCCCAGAGAUACACCUUUGCAAUCACACACAACGCCUAAGUUCUCUGCACCUCCAAUUGCGAGACGUAGUCAGAGCAUGUGA